AUGGGGGAUAAAAUUAACGAACUUCAAAAUGAAUCUGAUGAAUCCAACAAAUCUAAAAAUGAAUCUGAAUUAUCUAAGCUUAAAUCCGAGAAAGAAAAGCAUUACAAUGAAGUGCAUUACCUUAGUGAGGACGCCAGAGGAAGAGCGUUGAAGGACAUUGAGGAGAGGCAGGAGUCUCUUGAGAAGCUUAAAGAAAAUCUUGAAAAAUUUAUUGGUAAAACAGAAUCUGAAAAUCCUGCAACAGAAAUUCUUAAAAAUCUCACUGAAGGUUUAGAAAAGUUUCUAGGUUACAAUAAAGAUUCCAAAGGCUACUCGGGCGAUGGCAUCGUGUACUCGGACCUCGACAGGCUCUGCGACGGGGUGAUGGCGUUCUUGCAUGGAGUUUUAAAUGAAGUUCAUACAAAUGAUAAUCUUCAAAAAUAUAAUACUCCUUUAACUGUGCCACUUCAAAAAAUUACUGAAGCUCUCUAUAAUAGAAAAAAUUUUGAUAGUAGUAUUCGCGUUGUGAGCGAUGGGAUUAAGCAGUGGGUGAGGGGUGUCACAUUAUCCAACAUAGAAGUUACAAGGCCUUUAAACGCUCUUAAUAAUAUGGUUGAGAGUCAUAUGUCUGUCAAUAUCACUGACGAUCCUAUUACAGAGCAGUUGGACAACUGGCGAGGCUUUUCCGGCUUGUAUCUCCAAGAUGCUGAGAAAGCAGAGAGCGCGUUGGAAGGAAUUGAUGGAAAUCUGAGAAGUAAAAUAGCGGACAAAAUUGAUUUAGUUAAAUCUGUCGUUAGCAAUUUUUGGAAAUCAGUGAACAAUGAUGAUGUUAUGAGGUUCGUGGAUGAGCUUGACGGCAAGUUUGCUACGCAACGCAGAGAAGUGAACAGUCAUAUUGCGGCUAAAAUCGGCGAUGUGCAGAGCAAAUUGAGUAGACAAUUUGAGGAUUUACGUCAAAAAAUCAGCAGUAUAAGACAGGAAAAAAAUACGCAGAUUAGGAAAAUUACUGAGGCCGUGUCAACGGCUGAGAAGCUGGCGGAUACGUUGGUUGGUGAGAAGAACAGCACUUUUGAUAAGGAUUACAAGACAUUAAUUACUAAUAAGUUCACUGGCAUAAAAGAAGCAGUUGAGGCGUUUUCAAAUGACGGUACCGCCGGCGACGGCAGUAGCAAGUCGGAGUUGUGGACGCAGUUUGGAGAAGUUGAGAGUAAAGUGAGAGGCCUGGAAGCCGAUGUGCUGGCGGAUUUGGAUAGGUUGAGAGAUGAAGUUGAGCGCCUUGACGAUGAUGUGCACAGCCCUUCUACUGAGAAUGUUCUCGUAAAAGGUGCGCUUAAUAAGCUCGAGGAGGCUAAGAAUACGCUGAAUCAGAAUACUAUCCAGCCGAUUACUCAGGAGGCAGAGAAGUUGCGGGCUCAGAAUGACGAAUUUCAGGCAAGCAUCCAAAAACUUGCACAGAAGUUCCAACCCUUGAGAGAGGGCUUUUACGGGAAGGGGGGAUCCACCAAUCCCGACGAAGGCUCUCUCGCUAAGCUGAUCACAAAGUUAACGACUGCCAUUGGCGCUAGUAGCGACAUCAAUGGUUAUGGUAUUGUGGGCGCGGUUAACGCCUUUAACACUGUCGCUAAAGCACAGAUCAAGGAGGCAGCCGAGAGAGCAAUUAAGGAGGCGCUUGCAAAAUUCCAGAUGACCACUGAUCAAACAAAAAUUGACGUGGCAGCAAUGAUGACGCAGUUCGAGGAAUCAAGAAAAUCUCUUGACGGAGCAGUUCAAAAAAUUCAUGAAGAACUUGGCGCUCUAAAAAAUGUUCCCAGCACUGUCCAACAAAACCAACAGACUGCCGGUUAUGUAAUGGACGACUUGAAAUCUAGAAUUGAUGGCAUUCUAGACAGUAUCAAAGCAAUAAAUGAACCAAUUAGAUUAGCCGGCGAAGCCCUGGAAUCGGCGAUUAAGGCCGUAGAAGCAGCCUUACAAACCGCUCGCCAGACUGCGAAUGGAAAAUUGCAAGAGUUGAAAAUAAACCUGCAGGGGUUUGUGAAUCGGGCCCUCAACGACCUAGAAGAUAGCGUAGAAAAUAUGUUCGAUUCCCAAAAGAAGGCUGAAUUGAAGGCGUUAUAUACUUCCGUGAGUGCCCAGGUCCCCCAAAUUGCUGACAUUAUCCAAAAGGAUUCAGACACAGGCCUGAAAGGCCUGAUGAACAAGCUGCAAGAUACGUUUGAGAUACAUGAACUGUAUCCCUCUGGCAAUGAACUUCGUUUAUUCGCUGUAAAUGUACAAAACUUCUGGAAAGAGUUUUUUGGAGCUCUUAAAGAGCAAUCUGAUUUGCUCUCUUACGAAGAGAGAAUUACGUCAGUCACUUCAUCUCUCGACAGUCUACUUGACACCAUGUUUGACAAAAAACACUUCCACCACUCCGUCUCCGAAAAAAUCGACGCACUUCAAAAAGCACUGCACAACUUCACUCCAACGAAAUUCGCCGAAGCCUCUCCCCUGCUCAACGUCAUAAAGCAAGGCGUCACGGACCUCCACGAGGAGCUACGCAAGCAGUACGUCAGCAGGUACUCGGGCAAAGAAUGGAAUUCUCUGCAAGAGCCGGAAAAGACAAAUUGCGCCCAAAUUCUCGUCACCAUCCUCAAGACAUUGACUCACGAUUUACGUGAGCUUCAUGAGAGAUGCGACAAGAAGAAAGGUGAUUGCAGGGAAAACAAAAUUUCCCUCAUAUCCAAGCCAAGCGUCUAUAAUCCCCUCGGCGCAUUUUUCAGGGACUGCGGCUACAGGGUGUCCAAGUUGGAAGAGCCCUAUGAAGGAGAGCUGAGAUGUCAUCAAGAGAUGAGGGGGGGAGACGUUUUCGGGAAACUUGUUGCUUCGCUGCAAGAUGUCAACAAAAUUGCUCAUCUCGUUAAAUGCCCAUCAUUUAAAGAAAUUACAGAUGACGUAAAUAUCAUAGACCUACUUAAAUGUCUCACAUCUCACGUCAGUGAGUAUUACCAAUCUUGCCACCUCGGACUCCCGAAGUCCAAAAAGCAUCCGUGUUCCGUGCGUGAUAUCUGUGUAUGGCUUUCCGGCCUUCCUCACACUGCAGUUUAUAAAACAAUUGAUGGCCACUGCCAAAAAAUACUUAACCAGGAAGACGAAGCGACCGGUGCAUUCCCCAAUCAGGCCGAUAAAGUCAUGAAGAGAUCCUUGCAACACCUAUACGGUACCAUUAAAAAAACAUGUCACUUGUCACAUAGAUUAUUAGUCUCCAUCCAGGGCCACGGCAGUGGCGCAAGCCACGCUGCGUAUCCAUAUGCGUGCUGCUUUGAGAACAACCACGGAGGGUUCUACUACCCCGGUGAUCCGUCGUCGUUGCUUGGCAUGUUGAAAGAUAUGUGUACUCGUUUGUUGCGUGCACUUUGUUUCUUAUACCAACAAUGUAGGUACACAGCAGCCGACGGCAACGGGUGGCGUGAGUGUCAGUAUGGCUAUCGCGUCGGCAGUUACCAGUGGAGUUGCGAUGAGCUUAGCGACAACUCAAACACACAACCAAAGAGUCAAGCUAAGUGCCAACCAAAUAGUGAACCAAAUGACCAACCAACGUGCUUACCAAAGUCCCCGCUUCAGGCCCAUCUUAUGGACGGGCUUCCUGGUUUCAUGCCGCAUAAGUUCACAGCUGUCGGUUGCCAGGCCAUGUGCUCAACGUGCCCUAAGGGCUCACUUGUUGGUCAAUGUAUUACCCCAAUGGGCUUCGCAGAUUUGGCCACUGCGGGCUCUAUUACAGGCCGUGGCGAUGACCUCGUUGAUGUGCUUUCUACGCUUUGUAAAAAUGGCGGUUCAGUUCUGUGUGAAUUAGUGCACGCAUUACAAUGCAUAUCGCCCUCUCCACCGAAGGGCUUGGCAGAGAUGUUCUCGUACUACUGUAACGUUAUGCAGAAAUCGUAUGGUUCAGUGUAUGGUCACGAAGUGAAAUAUAAGGGUGAAAUUGACGAUGCCAUUCAUCUAAGUUUCCCGUUCAAAAAUGAUAUGUGGCUUCACAACAAAUACAGUGCUUCCAAGCUGACCCAUGCGUUGAAUACAUUGUAUUGCUCUGACAACGAGCAUAACGGCGUCAUAACGGACGAUAAUCAUCGUGGACUACACACUGUAUCGCCGAACCCAUCGAAUGAUAAAUCAAAACAAUGUUCUCCUAAUUCCACCUGCGCCCCUUACCUCAAAUCGCUGUGCCACGACGCCUGUCACACGUAUCCUGCGAAACACAAGGCUUUGUAUCUGUCAUGGCUUUGCCAGUUGGCAUGGACAUUCUGGGAUUUGCUUGAUCAGUUGCUCAAGGCGUUCAAUAACGUAUCAUGUCAAUCAUAUGGUUGUUCAUGUAAAUGCGGUUUUGGUAAACACGGCGUCACUGAGGAAGAAACAUCGCAAACUACAAAAGUCCCGACGCCCAGUUGCCACUGCAAUUCAAUAGUCCAGUGCAAAGGACCUAUGUCCGUAUUCUACCAGUACGGUUUCACAUUCGGAAUGCCGAAAGAGUUAAUGGAAUCCGGAAGCCUAAAAACAUGUGACAAUUUUGUGAAGCAGUUAACAAGAGUGCUGUACAAAGGGUAUUUCAAAGAUUUAUUCGACGAAAUCGAUGAGUUCAUCUGGGCCAUUCGUACACCCUUCUCAUACCUCUUAUUAGCCCUCUGGUCGCUGUCGCUCCUGUACCUGCUGCACAUCGCCGUCGUCCGCCUCGACGUCCUGCGCAUCCGCUCCCACCUGCGAUCACCCUCAAGCCACCGCAUCGCCGCGCAGUCCCUCCUCGCCGCCGCACGCGUCAAGGCACUCGCCAACGUCAAGUACUUCUCACCAUAA